AUUAGCAUGGCGACCUCCGUCCACGAAAUCCGAAAGGCACAGCGGGCCGAGGGGCCGGCCGCCGUGCUGGCCAUCGGCACUGCCAAUCCGCCCAACUUCUUCAUGCAGGCUGAUUAUCCUGACUUUUACUUCCGCAUCACCAACAGUGAACACAAGACUGAACUCAAGGACAAGUUUAGACGCAUGUGUGAGAAAGCAACGAUAAAGAAGCGUCACAUGUACUUGACGGAAGAGAUCCUAAAAGAAAACCCAAAGAUGUGCGAGUACAUGGCGCCAUCGUUGGACGCACGGCAGGACAUAGUGGUGGUGGAGAUACCAAAGCUAGGCAAAGAGGCGGCGGUGAAAGCCAUAAAGGAGUGGGGCCAGCCAAAGUCAAAGAUAACCCACCUCAUCGUCUGCACUACCUCCGGCGUCGACAUGCCCGGCGCCGACUACCAGAUCACAAAGCUCCUCGGCCUCCGCCCCUCCGUCAAGCGCUUCAUGAUGUACCAACAAGGCUGCUUCGCUGGCGGUGCUGUCCUCCGCCUCGCCAAGGACUUGGCGGAGAACAACAAGGGCGCUCGGGUCCUGGUCGUCUGCUCUGAGAUCACUGCCGUCACGUUCCGCGGGCCCUCCGAACUCCACCUGGACUCCAUGGUGGGGCAGGCGUUGUUCGGUGAUGGCGCCGCCGCAGUCAUCGUCGGCGCAGAACCGGACUUGUCGAUCGAAAGGCCGCUGUUUGAGCUGGUUUCGGCGGCGCAGACGAUCCUUCCAGACUCGGAGGGUGCGAUUGACGGGCAUUUGAGAGAAGUGGGUCUGACAUUUCAUCUCCUCAAGGACGUACCUGCGUUGAUAUCGAAGAACAUAGAGAAGAGUCUGGUGGAGGCAUUCACUCCGAUCGGGAUUAGCGACUGGAAUUCGAUAUUCUGGGUGGCGCACCCGGGAGGACCGGCGAUCCUCGACCAGGUGGAGGCGAAGGUUGGGCUGAAGAAAGAGAAGCUGACGGCCACUCGUCAGAUGUUGAGCGAGUACGGAAACAUGUCCAGUGCGUCCGUACUCUUCAUAUUAGACGAGAUGAGGAAGAAGUCGGCGGAGGAAGGCAAGUCCACCACCGGCGAAGGCCUCGAAUGGGGCGUCCUCUUCGGCUUCGGCCCCGGUCUGACCGUCGAGACUGUUGUGCUGCACAGCCUUCCCAUUAAUUAAUUGAUAUAAUUUCCUCGUUAUAAAUUAAGCCAUGCCAUGUGAUGAUUACUUUUUAUAAUUAGGUUCAUAACUUUUGCUAUACAUAUUUCAACAAUAAUAAGUGUAAUGAUUUUAAUUCAUACUUGUUCAUGUGACAUUCUUCUUGUCAUAAUAAUUAAAGUAAAAUUAUGAGAACAUAAAUUGUUUUUUCAUU